AUGUUAAAUCCUGAUGACGAGUCACACAUGUGGUGUCUGCAUUAUGUGUUCAUUCCCAUUAUUAACAGGCACUUAAAGAACUGGAGAGCAGCAUAUGUACAACAUUCUCUAAGGACAGAACACAAUAAAACUCCAAUGCAACUGUGGAUUUCUGGACUUAGUGAAGCAUGGGAUUCCUUCCAUGCAGAAGAUUUAUAUUUGCAGGUAGAAUUACAAUCUUUUGACUUUGGUGAAACUUUGGUUUGCAGGCACAGGAUAACAUUCACCCAACCCAUUAAUUGGCAGUACUCUUUCACUGAUUGCCUGGCAUUACACAGUCAUGCAAGCCAGUAUCUUUCCUCACAUACUAAAAUACUAAAGUAGGUGCGUUCAGGCGCACCAGCAGUCAAUUUUUAUUAUGGGAUAUCAUGCUAAACACUCACAUCAUUGCGAUGUUGUAGGGAGACUUCACAAACUAUGGUAUUGAUUGGGAAGGUCCUAUUCCAGAAAUGACUCCUGAUGUGGUUGAAGUUCCAGUAACCAAUUGUCCUUUAUCAGAAGUCCAAGCAAAUAUGUUACCAACAGUAACCAAUCUAAGUUAUCCUGAAGCAGUGCAAGUAUUUAACGACAUUGUCAACUUGUUACCAAACAAUUAA